CAAGAGCAGCCGGACGACAGCAAAAAAAAAAAACGACUCCAGUUGAAGGAAAAACUCACCACCGGACUUUCGAAAACCGGUCGUUGGUGAGAUUGGUUCGAAGUUCGAAAAACCCUACAUAGUCGGGACGUUCGGCUCACGGCACAGGAACUCGCUCGCUCGCUCGUUCUCUCGCUCUCCCAAGGCACGAGUGUCAACCCCGUCAAAUCCUUGCAAAACGCUUCAAGUGGUCCGGCUUCGUGUACCUGUGUGUGAGUGUAUGUGUGUGUGUGUGGGGGGAGUUAGUUCGGGCGCCGUUCGGCUGUGGAGAAAAACAGAGGAAUUCGUGGCUUCGGGCUGGUUGGGAAAAGUCGGUCGUUCGGGAUUCGGGUUCGGGUUUCGUGCCUGAACAUCCGGGUUGGGGGUGGCGCACAAGCAAAACCCGAACCCGAAUACCUCCUUCCCUUCCACCACCCCACUUCCUCCCUUUCCCUUACAGGGAAUAGGGACGAACGGGAAAAGGCGAAAUUCUGUGUGUGGUUGUGUGUGUGUGUCUUGCUGGAAUAUGUCCUGGCUCGUGCCGCUUUGGGCCGCAAACAGUAUUCGUAGCUCGAAACCCCACUUUGUUGCUACCCUUAUAUUGUGGUGGGCCCUGCCCGGAACAGUUAGUACUCAUCGUAUCCUCCUCAUUCGCUGUUUAGCGCUAGUCGAGUUUACGUCGAUUAACCGUCCCCGUUGUUUGUUGAUUUUAUUGCCCACAUACAUACAUACACGGUUUUGCUGUCGGAAAAAGGGAAACCAAACGCGACACACACGCACGUCGAGCAGCACGGAAAAGUGUACGGAAUCGCUCACGCACGCACGCACGCACGCUGACGUGAAGGAAAUAGGGAGAAAAAACGUCGCCCGUGCGUACGUUACGCUGUUCGUCGGUUUUGUUUGUCCACCGUGUGAACGGGAUUCAUCGUGACACGAUAUCGCACGCACGGUCUGAUAGGUGUGGGUGAGUGUGGUGUAUGUGUGUUGCGGGUGAUUGUGAGUGAGUGCGUUUUGAAUAGCUUGUACCGAAACACUGUACCAGGCAUAAAGCUAAAGUAGUCACCGUGACACAGAGAGCUAAACCAAAGCUAGAGGAAACCGAAAACAAGUAGUUCAAAGAGUAGUUCAAAGAGUAGCGUUUGACGUCUUGGUUCCGUGGCACAAGCAAGCGAAAGCCGAUCGAAGGAAGAAAAAGUGUGCAAAGUGUUCUAGAAUCACUCAGCAAAAAUAAUCAAAGGCAAGCCAUUCCGUGCGCCCGUUUAAAGCUGUUUAAAGUUCUACACUGUGCCACCAGUAGAAUUUCGCGUCCGCCGGUUUUUGUUCGGUUGUUUAAGUGUUUUUCACCAAAGUGAAGUUAAUAAUUCGCGCGCGCGUCCGUAGUUUGGAGGAGAAUAUCCCCGAAUUUCCCUUUCGCAACGUAAGCAAAGGAAAAAAAGGCGAAUCAUUUUCGAUAGUUAAAAUAUUGCGCAAAUAGCGGAAAUCGGAAAGCAAGUGUUGUUACUUCGUUUUCGGGUGUUGUGAUUGUGUGCGCUCUAACCCCUUUCUCCGGCAAAGCCCUUUACAAUUCGCGUCCGCGUAUUCUAAUACUCGUGUUUGUUGCUGUGCCCUCGUCGCACACACACAGUCGCACACUUACUCAGUUGGGGUACGCCAGUGUAAAGAGAAGGAAGAAACAAGCGCAAUCCCAUCUGCUACCACCUGCUACCUAGCAUCCAGCUCGGGUCACAGGCGGCAACGGUCCAAACCGUAGAGCAGCAGCAGCAACGAGAGAAAAGAAAAACCUCCCGUCAGCACACUACCCUACCACCCAGGAGGCGGAAAGCGGCAAGUGCGAGUGUGACCAGGGUUUUUUGGAAAAUUUUCGAGGAACGACCCCCGGUACGACGCAAACGGCCUCAAGAUUUUCCCGUCCACAAUUAAGGAAAUAACGGCGCCAGUAAACUACUUCUUAACGAAAAAAGUCAUUAUGGUGACGAGAACGAAGAAAAUAUUCGUGGGCGGGCUCUCAGCGCCAACCACGCUGGAGGACGUUAAAAGCUACUUCGAACAAUUUGGACCGAUUGAAGAUGCGAUGCUAAUGUUUGACAAACAAACCAACCGGCACAGAGGCUUCGGAUUUGUGACAUUUCAGAGUGAAGAUGUAGUGGACAAAGUUUGCGAAAUUCACUUUCAUGAAAUCAAUAACAAAAUGGUCGAAUGUAAAAAAGCACAGCCCAAAGAAGUGAUGCUUCCAGCGAAUCUGGCCAAAACGCGCACCGCCGGGCGUGGGACAUACGAUUUUAUGUGGUCGCUGGGGACAUUACCUGAUGGUUUCCCCGCUGCCGCAUACGCUGCGUACGCAGCCGGUCGUGGCUUUUCCGGCUACCCGAGCUUUGGACUACCGUACCCAACAGUUGACAUCACCAAUGGGCAAUUGACACCAAACAACAACACACCGUUACUGACGCAGGCUCUUUCGGUGAUGAACAACUACCAGGCCGCCGCAGCAGCUGCCGCACAAGGCUUUGGCCCGCCAGCAUCGCCACACACCACCACCACCCGGACCGCAGCCGGCUUCCCGAACGCCAACUCGCCCGGACCGACGAUCGACAUGUACAGCUCGAGCGCGGCGGACAGCGUCGGUUACGUUCAAGCCACCAGCCCGCAGCCAUCCGGAUUCCCAGCGAUCGCCGUCAGCCGUGCCCCGCUAAAUUACAGCCCGGGCCAACUAAUUCCAGCGGCAUUCACCAAUGGCUACCAUUGAAACAAACUAAGCAAUAUUUGAUCACCAUCGCUAGUACUUUGGACUGGAGUUUGAUAAACACAGUAAGCUUGUGAGCGUGAAUUUGCCUAACUAAAAACAUUGAGAAAAAACACUAAGCGUGCAUGAAGCGAGCGAGAAAACACAAAACCACCCGAGCCCAACACAACAUAAAGCACAACAUCCCUUUCUGCAGUGACCCAGUUGAAGUACAGCAGCAGCAACACCGCAACCCAAAGUCUUCGCGCUCUUAUUGUCUGCAGCAUCGGUUGGGCGACUGCUUGCAAGUGGUUACAAGGACGAUAAAUCGUGUUUGUGCCAAGGAAGAAAUUAGUUUCAUUUGGACGGACGAGAAUGCGUAAGAAAUGCGGAGGAAGGAAGGAAACGUACGGUAUGAUACUUUGAUUUGUAAUUAAUUUACCUUACAAUGGGAUGCGGUUUUAAAAGAACCAGGAAAGUGAAAUAAUUUAACACAGAGUUGAGUUAAGGAAUGGGUAAAAAAAAGAUAGUUAUUGAGAUAAAUUCGGUUACAACUGUGACAGUGCCCAAAUGAUCGCUUGUGGAAGCGAAAUGCUUCGAGCGGUAGAAAAACUUUUGAUUUAAUUUUAACGUUAGAAAAUAUUUUACACAUUAUAAAUGCCUUAAAAAUCGAGAAUCGUUAUUGUGUUGAGGCUUAUCUUCGGUGUUUAAUUGUAACUCGUAAGCGAUCAGCAACAAAAUUAAGCAAUAAUUUCCUUGAACCAGCUGGAUUGCCUGUGGUUGUGUGCUGCGUUUUGGUGUAAGUGGUCAAUUAAAGCACACACAUACACAGAAUUCCACAUUUGUUGCCCGGAACAGACUGCACGAAGAGAACGCAAUUGCAGCAAAGUAUGGUGGUGAGCUCACCUUUUUUCCUUUUUUUGUGCGACAGCAACUCAGGAUGGCAUGAAGCAAAGGAAAAACAUUGGCUUCGAGUGUGUGCAAACAUCGUUACCGUUUCUCGAUUUGUCUGUAUUCUGUUUCCUGCUUUUGAAGCACAUAACAUGCACAGCACACACAGUAUUACUGUUGCUGCUAUCUACUGUUGAUGUUGUUGAUGUCUAUCUUCAACUGCACUGCGAAACCUUGUUUGUGUUGUGGCCAUGCACGUAGCUUUUGCUUCUUUAGUGCCCCGUUCGGAAGUCCAAAACAUCGCUUCCUUCCUGCUCUGUCCUCCUUCUUAAGGUUCAAUCUACCACUUGUGUGGAGGACAGCUCAAAGGUGUUCGGGAGAGAGCAAAAGCAAAAAUGAAAACAUGAGCUCACUGCAAAAUUGUGAGUAAAACAACAACUUUAGCAAAACGAAAUGGCAAAUUGCACGAAACAAGCCAAACAAGCAAAUGGUCACGAAAAAGUCAGAUAAUGGAAACGAGUUGAAAAUGAAGUUAAAUAACAACAACAAAAAAACACACCCACAAACACACAAACAGAAAGAAACAAUGUUGCAGCCCAAGGUACGUGCCACAGGCGAGCGCAAUAAACGAUAUAUACAACUCGAUAUACUAAAUUGAAGCAGAAGAGCAAGCAAAAAACAUUCAACCACACACACAAACACACACAUUAUAUACAUAUAAAAAUAUGUUAAGGUAAACAGAAAACAACACACUACAACUUCACUUGUUUAAACUAUGAGCUAAACGAAACAAACAUCAACACGAUUUGUUUUCAAAGAAAAACAACAAAAACAAGAAAAGAAAAGAAAGAAGAGAGAAAAAACACACACACAAACACAAGAAAACCCAAUUUGUUAUUAUGAAUAAUUACUAUUUACUUAAUGUCUUUUUGAAUUUAAGCCAAUUUAAAAAGCAAAUACUUAGCUAAAUGAAAAACAAAAAAAGAAAACAAAAAAGAAAACAAAACAAAGAAUAUUGCAUCGUGCAAAAAAGGAACAAACAAAACAAACAAAAAAUCAUCAAAAGAACCAAAAAUUUACCAUUUCUAAAUGCAAACACAUACAAUACGCCUCCCAAGCUCCGCCUUUCACCUUCUCCUACUCUAUUUUUCCCCUAUUUCCCCUCUAUUCUCCUCAUCAUUAGCUGGAAGACAGACGGACAGAGAUCGAGCUAGAUAUAGAUAUGAAUUCAUUGGUGGACUGCACUGGCCGGUGCACUGUCCUUGGACUGUAAUGCCUCCAUACUGCACUAGGCAAUUGGCAGGUCAAUGUACUCGAGGACAGUAGCGGUUCACCGUUGUAUAGGCAAUCUAACACACGAUUGCAAAGGGCAUAAGCCCCUUUUUUAUCCAUGUGGAUGUGUAUGUGUGCUGCAAGAGGCACACUUUCAGCUGACACUGGACCUCUUCCUUCUUUCCCCUUCCUCCUGCUCAUCAUAGCGAUCCUACCCGACCCAACCAAAACGACAACAAAAAAUCCGAACAAAUAUUUGACCUAAACGAACACACGAAUACACACACUAUCAAUUAUUGAACAAUUAUUACGUUUGCUACAAGCAUAUUAAGAUUAACGUAACUUUUUUUAUAAUGUAAAACAACAAGAAGAAAAAAAGAACAAGAAUGGAAUGCUAGUGGUCUUAGGUAUAAAAAUAUAAAUAUAUGAAUAUAUAUAUUUAUUGAAGACAGAAUACAGGCAGGCGAAUGAUUAGCGGAAAUGCGAGCCAGCGUAAAAACCGUAAAAUCACAUAAACACACCACUUACCCUCCACUGGAGGCCGGCAGGACGUUGAACACAAAAAACAACCAGCAAUUUACAGAAACGUUUUACACACAACGCAACAUUUUUGUGCAAAACACCACACGGCGAGAACAGAAGGACAAUUUUGUUUCAUCUGUUUUGUUCUCGCUCUGUCUCUCUCUGUUAGCAAAAUUGCUAAAUUUGCUAAAAACUGCAACCGACAGUGAUGCUGUGCGGGUGUGUUUUGAGUCUAAGACACAACCAAGCUGAGGGAAAAAAGCUGCAAACAUAUACAUACAAUUUUACCACUUUUAAUCGUCGCUCGUUACUUUUUACUGUUUCUUCUUCGUUUCUAUUCCUGUUUCCUUUUGUCAAACCUUUCCGUGGAAAGGUGAAACGAACAUGGUAAAAUAAUAUAAACAAGGUCAGCUGUGCGUGUGUGUGUGUAUCGACGGGAGGGGAUGGAAAACCAAAUCGUUCGGCAUCGUAAAGCUGAACCAAACUCUCAAAACACUUAAAAAAAUACACACACGCACACAUGCAAGAGCAAAUAUUAUAGUAAUUGAAAUUUUUUCCCCCAAAAAAACAAAGGAAAGAAGUCGAAAAAGAUUGAUGUUUGUAUGAAAUAGAUAUGGAGAAAAUAUUAAGUAAAAGCCCUGAAAAAUGUGGACGGUGAAAACGCAAUAAUUGUUAUAUUAGUACGAUCGGAGAAGCAUUACAUGGGCAGUGGGAAGGCAGAAUUAAGGCAGGAGCUAGUAUAGAGCUGCUGCAGACGAAUCGGGGCUGCCUUGGCCCAAAAAGCUAAUAAAAAUUAUAUAAAAACUUACGACAGUCCUUACGAAGCCACACUACAUUCGGUGGACGUUCCCUCGGUACUGUCUCCGUAACUCUCUCUCCCCCCACAUACACAUCCACACUCUCAUACUCACUACUAUCACUCGUCACUCACACGCCAUCACAGUGUGCUGGGUACAAAAGCAAAUAAAUAAAUCAAUUGAUACACAGCACACUACCCAGUGACGUUCUGGAACUCCACGAUUCAUAUACCAUAGCAAGCUUAAAUAACAUCUACAUCGGUCAAUCCCGAUUUUUCAAAAUUUGGGCAGACAGAGCGAAAACAGGUUAAAAGAAAACAUCCUUCAGGGUUUGAAACACUUUUACACCUUACACCGAAUAAUGGGGUUGAAAAACACUCAACGUAUGCGCACGCUCAUCCACGCCACCUCAUAUUUCACACAUCGCAGUAAUGAAAGGAAAAAUAUACUUCAAACAAGACAACCUUCACAACAAACAACGUCACAUCAUUUUAAGCGAAUCUAAGCGAUACUCCCCCAACCUCCACAAACGAUUCAACUCAUGAAACUCAACCAAAUUAAUGAAAUACGAAGAACGGAAACACGGUGAAGCAAACACAAACCAUCUUUAGCACAUACAUUCGAAAGUAAGCUAGAGGAAGAGGGGGAAAAACAAAACAGAACAGAACAGCAAACCAAAAAUAAAACAACAAAAAAUCACACUUGUAAAAUAUUAUAAAUAUAUAAACUAUGGCGAAAGUGAGGUAACAAUGGGAAAAAAUAACCAUGCAAAGCGAGCAAAGAAAAUAGAGAGCGAAGGUAGAAAACAGAGAACAAAUGAAACCAUCGCGUGGGAAACCGUUUAGGUUAAUAAUACUGGAAGGAUCCCAUUUGCAAGGUAAUAAUAGAUAAAGUGACAGGAUUCCAAUUCCAAGUGAAGAAAUAAAAAAAAAAACAAACGAUGAUUAACAAAACAGAAAACCAAACGCAAGUGAACGAAACGGGGGGCGAUAGAUGGGAAUAGUAAAGAGAACAGCAUGAAUAUGAGAGAGAGAGAAAAGGGAGCGCAGGAGAAAGAGAGAAACAAAAGGGAUUCCCAGCAAAAAAAAGAGAAAAAAAGAACAACACACAUACACAUACAAGCAAACGCGAAAAAAAUGGAGCAAAGCUGUGGGAGAAAGAAACAAAUCUUAGUUAAAUAUAAAUUAUAUUAAAAUUUAAAUUAAAUAAUUGAAGGAAAAAAAGUAAAACAAAUAUUUAAAAAUACUAUGAUAAUAAAUUACAAUUAUUAUAAAUUAAUUUUUAUCAUAACUGAACAAACUGGCACGAGCAGUUAUAAUGGGCCACAAAGAGAAAACAAACAAGCAAAAACGAAAGGAAAAUCCAUGCAGGUCAUACACGCGCUUGCAAAACAUUGGUUCGAGAGCGUGUACGAGUGCGGACGGAAAAGCAAAACAAAACAAAGAAGCAACUGCGGUCUAGGAAAAGAAAAAAAAGCUCUAGGGUAACUUUUGCCAAGUCGGUCUGACUCCCUGUGUGCCGGACACACCCAACCCGCAAACCCUUGUGAGCCUUGUUUGAUUCGGAUUCUGCCUCAGCGGAAUCAUCAAUUUGCCUGGUCAAACUACCUUCUUAGAGUCCGCCGAUCCGGGAAAGGUAUCAUAGUACGUGGGGAUACACCAAACACACAUACAAUACACACACUCACACACACACACCAACACAGACACAUUAAUGAGGGGCGCAACAAGGACACGUUAAGCAUAAUAAAGUAAGCACCAAGAAAAAACCUGUGCCCGUUGGCGUGCUAUCCCGGUCGAUCGCGGUGCCGUUCAGUAUCUCUGUUUCUCUCUCCCAUCUGAUGUAACGAAUGUAACAAACACAAACAGUCACCAACUGCAACAUACAGCAAGCAACAAAUAACGGUUAUAAGAAAACGAAGCAACAACAAAAAAACACACACACAACGUAAGAAACAAACCAUUUUCUCUAACUCUAUGCUAAAUAACGUAAAGUUUAAAACCACAUCCCAGCAAAAAACAAACACACAGAAAUAAGGUAAACCAUACCGUACCGCGCAUACAACUCUAUACCGCAAAACAAAACAAAUGCCUGAUAUGUGAAGCGAAGGAAAGAGACGAGAGGUAAAAAAAAUGCAAAAACCCAAAACCAAAAAAGGAAUGAAUAAAACGCUAAAACCCCACAAUUUUUCUUCAGAAAACAAUAACUUACAAGAGGAAAUCUAACUGAAAUAAAAACAAAACACACUCAUACACACACGCUCACACAAAUCCUCACCAACAGAUAUACUGAAUGAAACAGAAACAAAAACAAAAAAUAACAAAAUGAACAAAUACAAUUAACAAUUGUGAAUUAUGAUGAUUAUUACCAAUUAUUGCUAGCUAGUAAAAGCAGAAAGAAAAAACCAGAAUACCGCUCUCGGUGGUAAACCAAAAACGGUACCAUGGACCCAUGGAACACAAGUAAAAGAAUGGGAUGGAAGAAAGGAGGAAAGAAAAGAAUCCAAAAAAACUAAAACCAAAAAAAAGAAACAAUUCGAUACAUGGAGAUACAUUUACGGGAGCGCAUGCACACUUUAAAACAUAUUCUACUUUUAUUAAGCAACAAAACAACAACAAGAAGAAAAAUGGAGAAGAAGGUAAGCAAGUCCCCACCAACCAAUACAAAAUAAAACAGAAAAAAAGAAAGGAGGUGAAGAAGAAAGAAAAAGAAAAAAAAGGAAGGAAGAAGAAAAAAACAAAAAAAAACAUAACAAAACUCGUUCACUCGGUCACGGUCGAUGAGGGCGCAAUGAGGAUGUGAUGGGAGCUAAAGAGUGUAGACGGUUAAGAGGUGUGGUCCGUGGUCUAGCUUCGGCACCAGGAAUAGCAGUCCAGACCAGUGAAACUGACACAUUUACACAUACACGAAAACAUACAGACACACACACACAUACAAAUGAAAGCGCGCGAGCCCCCGGGGCACUAGCAAAAAAAAACCGCGGGGACCAGGCAAAGCAAAGCAAACACAAAAUGAAACAAACAUAAAUACACACACACACAUGCGAUGGAGGCGCACAGGCACGAAUUGCGAAAAAAAAGGAGAACAGAAAUCGAAGUUACAAAGUCGUAAGAGAAGGUACACUUUUUGGGGGAGGGCGAAUGGCAUCACAAGGUGAAAAACAAAAAAGAGCGAAUAAUAAUCAAUUUCACACACAUCAAAGACAAAAAAACCAAAAAAAAAA